CUCCGCUCUAUCAUGGAGGCUGUGCUUUGGGUAUGCUGUGUAGCCGGAGCUCGGUGAGGUCAGGGACUCCGAUGUUCCCGCGGCAUCUACAGAGUGUGGGCAGCAGGUAUAUUGCCCACACUGGGCAAUCCCGGUUCUCGUGUGUGAAUAGAGACAUUCCUAGAUGUCCAUGGUGGACCACAUAUUAUCCUCAGAACCCCACAUAUUAUCCUCAGAAUCCCACAUAUUAUCCUCAGAAUCCCACGUAUUAUCCUCAGAAUUUUCACCAGCCUGUCAGAACUUGGCAUCCUCAGGAAUACUUCAGACCCUACCCUUGCCCUCGGACGCCAGCAUUCCUUGGUCCCCCUUGUUUGCCCUGGGCCCCUGGCCAUCCAUCGUGGAUUCACAUUUCACAAUAUAAUAUGAACUCUACAGGGGAUGAAGCAAUUAGGAAAAGAAAAAGCACGGAGAGUAAGGACUGUGAGAGGAAAUUGUGGCCAAAGCGAUCCUAUCCACCAGCUAAUGACUUCAGUGUUCCUCCAGCACAGGAUCCAUCAGGCUUGUCGGCCAGUCCCCAACCAGAGGGCAGAGAAACUACAACGAAGAGGAAGUGGGAGGACUUCAGUCACCUGUACUGUGAGCCAUCCAGAGGAAGAGGAAAGUUUGAUUUUUCCGUGUUGUGUUAUAAUAUCCUCUCUCAAGACCUGUUGGAAGAUAACUCGAGCCUGUACAGCCACUGCCGGCGCCCCCACCUCUUCUGGAACUACCGGCUGCCCAACAUCCUUAGGGAGCUGGAGGAGAUGAAUGCUGAUAUUUUAUGUUUACAAGAAGUUCAGAAAGAUCACUACCAGGAGCAAAUCAAACCCAGCUUGGAAGCACUUGAUCGGCAGCUGCAGCGUGAUGUCCAUACCAGAUCAGUUUUGCAGGCUGUCCAGAUCAGGAAACAUCAUUACUGCAGAAAGGAUACCUCUGUGAGUUCAAGGCUCGCACCGGGAGCAAACCAGAUGGCUGUGCCAUUUGCUUCAAAUCCGAUAAAAUUCAACUUGAUGUUGGUGAAACCAGUGGAAUAUUUCAGGAGGAACAUUGCUCUUCUAGACCGGGACAACAUAGGCCUGCUGCUAAUGCUACAACCCAAGCUGGAGAGGGAAGCACCAACCAUCUGCGUGGCAAACACCCAUCUGCUCUAUAACCCCAGAAGAGGAGACAUAAAGCUCACCCAGCUGGCUAUUCUUCUGGCAGAGAUUACCGAGGCCGCUAAAAUGCAGGAUGGGAAAUUCUGCCCCAUCAUCCUCUGUGGGGACUUCAACUCUGUUCCUGGCUCCCCACUGCUUAGAUUUAUAAAGGAAGGAAGGCUCAAUUAUGGGGGGAUGACCAUUGGGAAGGUGUCUGGGCAGGAACAAUACACCUCAGGACAAAGGAUUUUAUCUAUUCCAAUUUGGCCAACAAGCUUGGGCAUCAAUCAGACGUGUGUGUAUGAAGCCCAGAAGAGAAGAGGUUCAGUACUGUCUUAA